AUGACUGAGUUCGCAACUCAUAAGGAAGAGCGGCAACAAGCUCACGAUAGUGAGCAACAUCAUAUCUUAGUUGAUACGGCCGCCGUGCCUCAACAGAGUAGUAAUAACGAAGAUAAUAAUAUUUCGUUGGAGGAGAACCUAAAGACAACAACUAUACCACUCAAAAACACGGUCAUUCUUUCAGAGGAAUUGCCACAAGAAGACAUGGGCCACGAAAAAGAAGAGGAACAGAAGAUUAAUGGACGCAACGUUGAACGAGAUACUGAUCACGAUGGAGAAGGGGAGAAAAUCGGCUACAGCGCUGAGAGUGACAGUAACGAUAAAAUCGGCUACAGCGGUGAGAGUGACAAUAGCGACCUGGAACAUGAUAAUACCACUACUACUACUCCUCAAAAGUCGCCCCUUAUUAGCCCCACAAAUUGCGCCUCAGCCGAGACAGUAUUUACCAUGUUGAGGGAGAAAAUUGUAGUGGAUGAAGACGGUGAGAAAGAACAUCAUACCGCCACCGAGACUGUCUCUCUCCAAGAAAAAUUCGAGGUUCAAAACGAUAUAAUUGUCGAAUCUAUUGACAUGAAGAAAGUAACCGAGAUUGAUGGCGGGGAAGUUGACGAAAAGCUCACAUCGAAUAUCACGGUUAUCUCAACUCCCGAGAAGAAAACCACCAUUGAAAAAGCAGAAAAAACCUCAUUUAACGAAAACGUCACAGACACACUUGCCUAUGUAAAAAAAGUCGUUGAAGAAAUUCCUGCGCAUGAGGUGACCGUUCAAUUAAAGUCCACUAAUGAGAAAAUUAUCGAUACCGACAAAUAUCACACGGUGGUUGAGAAAGUGACAAUAAAGGAUUCAAUUAAAGAUGAUGUCGGAAUAGAAACGGUCAAGGUCGAGAAAACCAAAAUUGAUCAUAAUCCAGUGACAGAUGAGAUAACUAUUAAAAAAGAGCACAACAAACAGAGCAUGAUUGAAACACCUGAUCGUGUAGUCACUUUUACUGAGGUCUUUUCCGAAGAUGAAACUGAAGUGAUUAAUGAUGCGGAUGAUUCUAUUGAUGACGAAGAAAAUCCAUAUGAGAAUACAGAAUCAAAAUUACUUGAUUUCGAAAUAGUUGCAAAAUCCAUGAAGAGUGAAUUUUCCAUAGGAGGGGAGGAGGAGGAAAUAAAGAAGGAAAUAAAAGAGGAACAAGAAGGCGGCCCUGAAAUAAAGAAGGAAAUAAAAGAGGAGCAAGAAGGCGGCCCUGAAACGCCUUCACAUGAAGAUGACCCAGAAAUUAUGCAAAACCUCCUAGAAAUUCAAAGAAAGAUGGACGAAUUGAAGAACCAAACGGAAUCGAUAUUCGAAGAAUCCAAUUAUUUACGUCAAAGGGUCGCUGUUGCGAAUCCACUUGAUGAAGAAGGAGAAUUGUCGACUCCCCCUGUAUUCCGAGCCCAGACUUUACUUGACUCCAGGUCACAUUCUCCUUACUCAAUCAUGAGCGAUGUAGUCGAUUCAAUGUUCAAUCCAGGAUUCAACCGCAACGUCGUCCUCUUUUUGAAUAUUAUUUUCUUGCUACUCUUUGCAAGUUUGAUUUUCCUAAUAAUCGUAACCGAUUAUAAUGCACAUGUUAUCGCAUUUCUGGGUCUCUCGUUUUGCUUAUUCAUUGCUACUAAUUGGUUCGUUGCUUCUGUUGCUAAAGCACAGAUUGAAGAAUCAAAGAUUGUAGUCGCUCCCGCUGGAUCGACUGAAAAACAGGAAUGA